AUGGCAGCUUUCAACCUCACCCCAUCUGGCUCUUCAACAUUCACCCUAAAUGGCAUCCCUGGCCUGGAAUCUGCCCACAUCUUGAUUUCCAUCCCCUUCUGUAUAUGCUACAUUAUUGGCGUGCUGGGGAAUUUCACAGUCCUGUUUGUGGUAGGCAAAGAGCAGACCCUGCACAAGCCAAUGUACCUGCUCAUGUGCAUGCUGGCCCUCACAGACCUCGGCAUGUCUACCUCUGUGGUGCCCAAAGAACUGUUUAUAUUUUGGUUCAGUUUGAAAGACAUUACUCUGAUUGGCUGCCUCACCCAGUCAUUCUUCCUUCAUUCGAUAUCUGUCAUGUACUCUGCCAUCCUCGUGAUAAUGGCCUUUGAUCGCUACGUGGCCAUAUGUAACCCUCUGAGAUACACCACCAUCCUCACCAAUGCACGCAUCGCUAUGCUAGGCCUGGUGGGUUUGAUAAGAGCUGUUCUCUUAGUUCUGCCUCUGCCCCUGCUCCUGAGCAGGCUGCCGUUCUGCGCCGGCCACGUUAUCCCCCACACGUACUGUGAGCACGUAGCUGUGGCAAAGAUCUCCUGUGGAGACAUCACAAUCAACAGGAUGUACGGCUUGGUGAUAGCCGUUGUAGUCAUCGGGUUAGACCUGACGCUCAUUGCUCUGUCCUAUGGUUUGAUCAUCAGGGCCAUCCUCAGAAUCUCCUCCAAGAAAGCCCACCUGAAAGCCCUCAACACCUGUACUGCCCACAUCUGUGUCAUGCUCAUUUCUUAUACUUCCAGUUUCUUCUCCAUCCUGACACACCGGUUCGGUCAGGGCAUCUCUCCCCACGUUCACAUCAUCUUGGCCAACUUCUAUUUCCUCUUCCCUCCCAUGCUCAACCCCAUCAUCUAUGGGGUCAAAACCAAAGAGCUUCGAGAAAAAGUGUGGAAAUACACCUGCAGAAGGUGA